CCGCUGGCACAGAUGUUUUGGAUACAGCACUCUUUACCUUUGAAACUAGGACGCCGUUUGCAGGAAAAGCCGAAUAUUUCGAGGACCGGGAGUCCGGAAAUCCCAACCGCCGCGGCCCGAGCAACCCGGGAAUUUUCAACCAUUUCCAGGAAACGUCUGUUCGCGAUGUUCACACGGUGAAUUUGAAUUUGGUUUGUAUCGAGGAAUAAUGGAGCGAAUCCUGAAGCGCCGACUACCCCUCUCCCCGCUGGAGCUGCAGCACAAGUGCGAGCAGCUGGUGGACAAGGCAGUUCGUCCGAUUUCCCGCAACGACUACCUAAUCCUCUCCCGCCAGCUGGUCAUCAAUCGGUUGGCCAGCGGUGGCGGUGAUUGGUCCUUCGACCGGCGGAGCGCCAAGAUGCUGGUGGUCCUCGAGUGCGGCCAGCAGCACAUCAUCACCUUCACGCUGCCCAGCUCGCACUGCACGGUGCAGGAUCUGCUCCGCCAGGUGGACAUCCAGUUCGACGAGAGCACCACCAUCGAUGCUGCGGAGCACGCGGGCGGCAGCAUCCGCGUCGUGGUCUCCGUGGGCUUCCGGAUGAAGGUCAGUGCCCAGGAGAUGGUUGCCCAUGCGGAGGAGAUGUACAGGGAGAUGCAGCAGGCGGCUGCAGAUGCCAAUCCCGCCAAGAAACGCAAGCGGGAGCACAAUGGCAGCUCCGCGGAGGCUCCUCGCAGGGGCAAAAAACACAAGAAGCGGCGUUCGAGUGGCAAGGAAGCUCAAGGAGCCGAGCGGAAUGGCAAGAAGCUCAAGAAAAGCAGCCAGCCAGCUGCUCCAAACAACCCGCAAGUCAGCGAGCCGAAGCCCAAGGCGCAAUCCUCCAUCCUGGCAACCACCACCACCACCGCCAGCUGGAGUGCAGCUGGAGCGGACAGGACGCCCGAGGAGCGGGCCGAGCGCAGCCGCCUGCGCAGGAAUCGCCGGUGGAUCCUCAGUCGCGACUGCGAUGAUGAUGACAACGAUGAGCCGGUGGUGCUGCUGAGCAGCAGCGAGGAGGAUGAUGAGCAGCAGGCGGAGGAGCAGCAGCAGCAGUCCGCCGCCGAUGAGAAUGUGCAUUUACUGAUGUAUCCGCCCACCGGAACCGGCGGCCUGAGCAUCAGCAUGAAGGACUACAUGUGCCUGAGCAGCGGCAGCUAUCUGAACGACAUCAUCAUCGACUUCUAUCUGCGCUGGCUCAAGGAUCAUGUGAUAUCCGAGGCGCAGCGCGAAAGGACGCACAUCUUCAGCUCGUUUUUCCACAAGCGACUCACGACGCUGACGCGUCCGAUCAACUUGAAGCAGACGGCGGCACAGAAGCGACACGAGAGGGUUAAGAAGUGGACCCGCACGGUGGACAUCUUCGACAAGGACUUCAUCAUAGUGCCGUUCAACGAGCAGGCCCACUGGCUGCUGGCCAUCAUCUGCUUUCCCAGUCUCCAGGGACCGGUGGCGAUGGGCGGCGAUGAUGGGGCGAUCAAGCAGCCGGUGAUCCUCAUUUUCGACUCUCUAGCGGUAACCUCUCGCCAUCGGGCCAUCGCCAUUUUGAGGGACUAUCUCACCUGCGAGUACAGGGCCAAGAAUCCCGAUGGCCAGGCGCAUGUCUUCAACAAGGACAACAUGCCCGGCCAUCGCGUGGAGGUGCCGCAGCAGGAGAAUCUCACCGAUUGCGGCCUCUAUCUGCUGCAGUAUGUCGAGCACUUCUUCACGCAGCCCAUCCGCGACUACCGGCUGCCCAUCGCCGAGCUGAGCAACUGGUUCGACCUGCUGACGGUCACCAAGAAGCGCGAGGAUAUCGCCAAUCUCAUCCAGAGGCUGAUGGACGAGGGCAAUCCGCAGCAGCAGCAGCGCAAGGUGCUGCCCGUCAUCGAGUUUCCCACUCUAAAUGGGCAGUUGGUGGAGGAGCAGGAGCAGGAGGAGGAUGAGGAGGAGGAACGGGGUCACCAAGGAGAGGAAAAGAGGCGUAAGACUUAAGAGUGAAGUCACCAUGGAGAGAAAAAGGACCAGAUAGCGGUCAAGGGGUCAACAAUGUAAAAAAAAGGUCACCAAUCAAAGAAAAUGGGUCACCAAGGAAAGAAAAAGAAACAGAAAGUGAUGUAGGGGUCACCAAACUAAAGAAUGAGGUCACCAAUCUGAGAAAAUGGGUCACCAGAGA